AUGGCUUUGCGUAUGUGGCGUUACUGCCAUGGACGUCAGCUCCAAUCGGACGAACCAAGUCUCAAUGACACACAUAGGUUAGCUGUUGAAAAGAACCGCAAGGCAGGGACAGAUUUGUAUGAAACCGCGCUUGAUUCAGUCUCCGAACUGAAGUGCCACGCCGAAUUGGAGGAGAUGAUGUGGACCAUGAUGGCUAAGAUUGAAGAGCUGGCAAAGGAUAACACACAACUGAAGCUCGACAACGAACAGCUUCAGAUCACCGCCGCGCAGCUGGAGCUCAAUGUUGAAAACCUUAAGUCCCUCCUAGAGAAUACGAUGGAAGAUAGGCUCCAAUACCUGGAAGCCAUCACUCGGCAAAUAACGUCUUCCACCAUCGUACUUCACGAUUCGAUGGAACACACGGAGGUUGACCGCUGUCCGGAUCCCGGAUGCUACAGUCGCAGUAUCGUUUACGAUGCGUCCAUGAAGCAGAUGCAGGCAUUGAUCGAACAAUCUGAGUCGUGCGAGCAACAAAUAAGGUAUGACUGUUUGUCGACGGCACUGAUAACUUGCGGCACGGCCUAUGCAUGGUGGGCGGAUCGUCACGGCGUCCCUCAGUACUAUUGGGCAGGGUCGCACGCAGGGGAACACGUGUGCAGCUGCGGCCUCUCCAACGAAUGCAUAGACCCUGCUUUACCAUGCAAUUGCGAUGCCGAAGCUCCCCAGUGGGAAUCGGACGAGGGAUCGAUCACUAACGGAACGGCACUGCCCAUCACGCAGCUCCGAUUCGGCGGCCUCCGGUUCAACGCCCAGAGGGCAAAAUACAUUCUCAGCGGACUGGUCUGCAGGGGCAAGGCUGCACCGCCUGAAAACCCUGUGGAAUCUUGUUCAUCUUUGCGCAAAGCUGGACACACUCGCACGGGUUAUUACCUGGUCAGCACCAAAAACGGGCGGUUGGAUGUCGUCCUCUGUCGGAUGGAUUUGGAAGACAACGACGCGGAUUUCCAGCUGGAUACGGGUGCACGCAUCGCAGAGGAGAGUGUCUAUUUCAAUGUCUAUCGCACAAGACACAUUGCACUGGCUGCCUUCUUGCAGCUUGAGCGUAAGCUUUCUCUUGCUAAUAGGCAAGCUGGCCUGGAAGUCCCAGAGAAGUGGUACGAACACCAACCAGAAUCUGUUGUGGAGAACGCCUCAUCAAACAUACUAUGGGACAUGCCUAUAAUUACAGCUUGCAGUAUAGGCUGCAAUAGGCCGGACCUUACGAUCUAUAAGAAGACGACCGCCCUCGUAGAUGUGAGCAUCAUAGCCGAUAACAACCAGCAAGAGAAGACCAGGGAGAAGAUGGAGAAAUACCCCGAACUGAAAGUGGAAGUAGAACAGUUGUGCGGAAUGAAGACCAUAGUUCCAAUCAUCAUAGGCACAAUUGACGUCGUCCUGUAA